GCGGGGCGCAGCCGCAGCCGCUGACGGAGAUGGCGGCGGAGCAGGAGGGGGAGCUGGGCCCUGGGCCCUGUCCCUGCCCGGGGGCCGCGGGGGAUGAGCGGGGCACGGCCGGAGGGUGCCGGGGCUCCGCUCUGCCGGCUCCUAGGCAGGGGCUCACGGAGAGCGCCCGGCGCCGCCUGAGGGAGUUCGAUGUCGGGGACAAGUUCUCCCGCUUGCCGCUGCCCAGAGCCGCCGUGCUGCUGCCGCUCAUGGUGCGGGGGGGGCGGCUGCACCUGCUGCUCACCGUCCGGUCCGUGCAGCUGAGAAGAUCACCAGGGGAAGUGUGUUUUCCAGGAGGUAAAAGUGAAGCCACUGAUAAAGAUGAUAUUGACACUGCUCUCCGAGAAGCUAAAGAAGAAGUGGGUCUCCAGCCAGAGAGGGUGGAAGUCAUCUGUAGGCUGAUGCCUGGCAUUGAUAAAAUGAAUAACUUGGUGACACCAGUUGUAGGAUUUAUAGAGGAUACAUUCCAUGCCACUCCUAAUCCAGAUGAAGUGAGCGAGGUUUUUGUUGUGCCUUUGGAGUACUUUGUCAAGCCCUUAAAAUACAAGACCUUCUCUUAUAGAAUGUCCUCGGGUUACUUAACUCGGAUACACUGCUUUAUAUAUGAUGACCAGGAACAUAAAAGGUCAUUCAAGAUCUGGGGACUGACUGCACACUUUGCUGUAUUUCUUGCUCUUGUAAUUUCUGGAGAGAGACCUACCUUUGAAGUGGAUUAUGAUCUUGACAACUUAAUUUCAUCCUCCGAGAAUAACUUCAUUAAUUUGUAUGCAUCUGUGUAUGAAAGAAAGAAGAGUAAUCUAUGAUAAAUUGGUCUGGUAAUUCAUUUCUUUUGAAAGAGGAAAAAGGAGAUUUGUUUAUUCCCUUUGUACCUAUUUUUUGAAAGUUACACUUGAAUUUCUUCUGAAUUGGGAACUCCAAGCUGGCGGUCCCUAACUAGACUAAUAGAAUUUUUAAUCUGUUAAAAGAGAGUUGCAAAAAGCACACAGUAUUUUUGGUGAAACAGACUUUUAAAAGGUCUGUUUCAGUUCCCUUUCGGUUUCAGUGCCCUUGUUCUGUGUGACCGGAGAUACUUUCUGGGGUUUGCCUUGUAUACAAUGAGAUAAUGCUAGGUCGUAUAAUUUGUGUCUAUUUGAGUUAACCUAUGAAAACUUCUGGGGAUCUGUCCGUCUCCUGCGUGUGCCACACAUGGACAGCGCAAUCUGUACAGUCUUGUGGGGUACCUUGAAGCACUUCCAGGAGGCACAAUAAAAAUACAAAAGGUUUCAGGUGUUUUCACAAUCUCAUUUUGUUUUGCUUGAGCUUGUGGAGGGAAGAGGGCAGGUUAACAUGUGCAAUGAAUCUUGGCCAAUUUAGCAUUUCUCACAAGGAAAUUCUAUAGGCUGUGGAGAACUUAGGAUACAGGCAACAGGACUGAACUUUGUCUGUCACCACCUUGUUAUCAAACCUUACUCAGCUGCUGGCAGGAGUCCUCUCCAGGAAGGAAAAGUGGAGGUGAGGAUUCAUGAGGACAGAAGUGCUUAUGUGUAGUUGACCAGGCACCCUGGCAAUGCCAGACAUGUGACGUUCCUUGUGCUGGAAAUCCUUGUUCCCUCAUUGCUGCUGAACUAGCAUCUCAUUCACAGUGGUCAUGACCGUACUGGCACAUGGUGACGUUUUUAAAAGCUCAGGUGAUUUAGUCUGGAUUUGAGAUCUGCUGCACAGCUCCAGGUGUCAGCAGGCCUGAACAGCUGAUCUGAAUCCCAUGGUGAGCUGAAAGCAUUCGGUGUCUUGCAAUCUUGUGCCCCAGUGCAAGGCUCAAGUAAGACAAAAAAGAACCCUUGGCUGUUCCUGUGGCUAUUUGCACUUGUGCUGCCCCUGCUCCAGUCCCUAACAGGUGCAAGUGUGAUAAAGAAAAGCUGAUGGCAGUUCCUGUGCAUGUGCUGUAACUGCCCUCAAACCUUUCUUAUUCCUACAUUGGCUCUCCUAGCUAAUAUUUGCUAAUUGUUAAUAUCCUGCAUUCCUUAUGUUCGAUACUAGUUGACUCCUUAAGUUAAAGGAAAAAAAGACCUGUUUUUUUUGGCUGGGAUGAAAUCCUUGGAGAAGUAGCAGCCACAUGUAGAAAGAAGAGCUUUAUUUUUCAGUAUUAAACACUUCUGUGAAAUUAUUAAAACAUUUUUAAAAGCUUGACUUGAAACUUUUCAUCGUAUGAGGUGCAGGAAGGAAGAACUUUUAAAUUAAAAUAGAGCAAAGCAAUUAGACCUUGGAUUGGUAAACAAAACAGGUACCAGGAGACACAAUUACUAACUUACAGUCCUCCUCUGCUCCCAGCUUUUCCACCUCUCAACCUGAUCUGCACAGAUACUGUGCAAACUGUACAGCUUCAAACCGCCGUUUGGUUUUAGUUCUCUAAACAUUAUUGUGUGGAACUGUAAGCACAGCAGCAGCAGUUCAGCUGUUGCUCCUUUUAGCAAAUGUAAACAGUGUUCAUUUAUGAAUCAAACCAAGCAUUUGGACCAGUUGAAAAACAGAAGUUAACAGAGGUCCAACCACAGAGUGAUUUGCAGUAAAGCCACUGGGGCUUCAUGCUUCUCUCUGUGCAUCCUACACAACUUUAUUGACAUUAGUUUGGAUAUUCAGGAAGUACUUUUUUAACUCAAAACACUCAUUCUUUAUUUAGAUAUCCAUCUGGGAUGUGAGUGCCCAAAAAACUACUUUGAGCACAAAAAUCGCUUAAGUGCUUGCUAGUAAAACUGCAGUUCUGCAAGUCGCACAUUUACUAAUGGGCAGUUCUUUCCUUGGGCAAUCUUCAGGUAAAAUUCUUCCACAGUUUUUGGGGCAGGAACUAGAACAUGAAUCUUCCAACCUGAGCACCCCUCCUAAGCAAAGUAAACUAAAAAGGGCUCUUUCUUACUAGUCUUGUGUUAUACAUGAAUACUACUGAAAUCUGUUUCUGCGCACUUUUAUUUUGAAUGUAGUGGUUUUAAAGGACUCCUGGACUUUGUAUUAUUGUUUGCAAAGGCAUUUAGAGGUACAGUAUGCUGAUACAGCUUUACAUCUGAAGAAGCCUUUUUUGUACCUAUGUGUGUUGGGGUGACUCAGCCCACUCUUGGGCUGAGACCAUUGAAUAUCAAUCAAACCAGGGCCAUCCACUGGGUGGAUUUCCCCACCCAAGACAGUGGGUCGGAGGGCGGAUCAGAGGAUGUCACUGAAGGCUAGGUCGCCUCCCCUUGGGUGGUUCCUGGGUGCAAGUUACCUCCCUCGUUCUGAAAAGUUCUUCGCUGUUUGGUUGUUCAUUGGUUCCCUGUUGUGACUCCUGUCUCCCUGUUUUCCCCAUUGGUUAUGGUCAAGUUGUAUCCUCCCCUUUGACUGUACCCCAUUGGUUACUUCCCUUUUCCCCGCCUUGUUCCCCCCCCCCCCCCCCCCCCCCAUAAAAGGCUGUGCACAGUUCCCCUUGGGGCCCUCUGGUCCCUGGACCCUCCUGCUAAUAAACUCACUGGAACCCACA